AUGAGGUACUUAUUAAAUUUACUUAGCAGAGACUCUAUCAGCUCUAUCUACUUCAAGCCCACAAGGUGUAUCUACUUCGGUCUUGCUCUUAAGGAAGCCGGUUUUGGGUAUUUGAGCUUUAAGGCCUUUUUGAAUUCAGGCGAAAUGCUCAGAUCAGUCAGACUCUUUAACGGUUCCAAUCUACACCGUUUAGGAUGUUUCUUUCUGGUAAAUUCGAUGUCCUAGCUCCCCCCUCAUGAGUGGUCCCAAAAUUCUGUUCAUUUUUUUUUUUAGAAAAUUUAUAUAUAAAUUUUAUAUUAAAUUUUUUAGAAUUUAAACAAAUCCAUUCUUACAGAUGUAAAAAUUAAUUUAAUUUACAAAAUUUAUAUUAUAAUAUGCAAAUUAGCUAGAGAUUUCAUUAUACAAAUUAUCACUUAUAAUUUCAAAAUAUUUUUAUAUUAAAAACCCUUUUUUUUUGCUCACUAAGGUGGUUUUCACCCAAAAACAAGGAUUUUUCCAAUGGAUUUGUUCGCUCACGAAGGGGGAGUAA